AAUGGAUUCAGAGCUUUUCCCUUUCUCCUUCACCUUAGCUCCAAACACACUGAAAUUCCGUAAUGGCUAUGUUAACAGCUCUAAGCAGAUCGCUGGGGAAUCAAUGCCUGCAAAGAUCCAAGUACGGACAAAGUUUACCGCGUAAUCACUUGCUGCAUCAAACUCUCAGAACACUGAUUUUGGAAUCUGCCUCCUCCGAAUCCGUCAAGCUGCGCCGGUUACCUGACUCCGAUUCUGGAAUCGUUGAGGUUAACUUGGAUAGGCCUGUGGCAAAAAAUGCAAUUGGGAGUGAUAUGUUGAGAGGCUUGCAGCAUACUUUCGAAGCUAUCGAUAAGGAUUCCUCUGCUAAGGUUGUCAUGAUCUGCAGUUCAGUGCCCAAGGUGUUCUGUGCUGGUGCCGAUUUGAAGGAGCGCAAGAAGAUGACUGCAUCCGAGGUUCAGUUUUAUGUCCAGUGCCUGCGAUCAACUUUCUCCUUCAUAGAGGCACUCCAAAUUCCUACCAUUGCCGUUAUUGAAGGUGCUGCAUUGGGUGGAGGACUUGAAAUGGCUCUAUCAUGUGAUCUUCGAGUUUGUGGUGAAGAUGCCAUAUUAGGCUUGCCUGAAACAGGACUUGCCAUAAUUCCUGGGGCAGGUGGGACACAAAGACUUCCUAGAUUGGUUGGAAAAUCAGUAGCAAAGGAACUUAUCUUUACUGCUCGGAGAAUUAGUGGCAGAGAUGCAGUGUCUAUCGGUCUUGCUAAUUGUUGUGUUCCUGCUGGGGAAGCCCAUGCCAAGGCUAUUGGAAUUGCUCGGGAAAUAAAUGAGAAGGGUCCAAUAGCAAUCAGAAUGGCAAAGAGGGCUAUAAAUGAGGGACUGGAGAUGGAUAAGGAAUCAGCUCUGGAAUUGGAGGGGGACUGCUAUGCACAGAUUUUAAAUACGAAAGAUCGCUUGGAAGGCUUAGCAGCAUUUGCAGAGAAGCGGAAGCCAAGGUAUACUGGCGAAUAAAAAUGAUCAGAAUCUUUAGCAAUAACAUGCUUUCAGACUAAGUUUAUCAAGCAUUAGUUUGUUUGCUCUUGUUUAACUGUUUGUGUCCCAGAGAUAUCUGUGUUAUGAGAACCUUUUAUGAUUUUAUAAAUGAUAAAAUAAUUUACAUUCAGGAUGCCUCUCUUGGGUUGGUUGACUCUGUUUAAGCCAUGUAUAAUUUGAAACACCCUAUAAAAUUCUAUCUCUGCC